GGGCGUGCAUGCAAUUUUCCGCUAUGCAUCCGUGACCUAUGGUUUAGGGUUUAUGCACCCCUGCUCGUCUCUAACAAACUUCGGAACUGAAGGUCGAAGUACCUGUGGUUUAGGGUUUAUGCACCCCUGCGCGUCGCUAUGCAUCCGUGACCUAUGGUUUAGGGUUAAUGCACCCCUGCGCGUCACUAACAAACUUCAGAACUGAAGGUCGAAGUACCAGUGGUUUAGGGUUUAUGCACCCCUGCGCGUCUCUCUCUAACAGUACUUCCAAACUACAACUAUCUUCCCCUUUCUCUCUCUAACAUUUGACGUAUUCUCUCUCUGUAUUUGAUCUCACGCCUCUUUCUCUCUCUUUUCUCCCUUCUCCCACCAACUGUUGUCAUGUGGGCACUUCGCAGAGGAGCCAAUCCAUUCAGUUCAUUUCAUUCGGACAGCAUUAUCUUCAGGGAUCGUAUGAAACCAGAUUGGACUCCAACUUUCAAGUAGUUGUAAAUAAUACUUAUGUGAUUGCACUAUCUGCUUUGAACAAUGGAUAUCUUUUGUGUGUGUCUCGAGCUUCAUUUAGCAAGCUAGAAUUUCCAAAUGAAACAGAAGCAAAUGUCUUGCAAUACUGGCAAAGGACUGUAAAUAACAUUGAAUGCCAUCAGUGUCGCUCGACCAAGAGGUUUUUCCACUGUCCAUCUUUCAAAAAUAAAUUCAUGGUGGAGGGUCGCUCUCUCUCUUCACAAGCUGGCACUGAGUCUGGUAAGGAUGAUGAAGAAUUAGAAGAUGGGUUUUCAGAGCUGGAAACUGCCCAAGACACUGAUGACUCAGGAGAGGAAGUUGGAGAAUCAAAGGUUUCAGAACCUGAGUUAUCUGAUGACGAUUCAACUGAAAAUAUUUCGGAAAAUUCACAAGUUGAGCCUUGUCUUUCAGAAGAAGAAGGAGGAUCAUGUGUUGAGAAGGAGGCCCCAAAAAAGAGUGGCGAAUCUCGUUUGUUCAAGGUUAUCUUGAAUGCUCAGCACCAAUCGAUCCAUAGUGCUAUUGAUAAGUGGGUGGCAGAUGGUAAUGUUGUCAACAGGGAGGGUGUUUUGGGAGCCAUGUUCACUCUUCGGAAGCGUCGGAUGUUUGCAAGGGCUCUACAGCUCUCUGAUUGGCUUGAUGCAAACAAACCAUUUGAAUUCAAUGAGAGAGAUUAUCAAUCUCGUGUAGACCUAAUCGCUAAAGUGCAUGGGAUCCACAGAGCUGAGAAGUACAUAGAGAAACUUCCCCAACCAGUGAGAGGAGAAGUUCUCUACCGAACUCUCCUGGCCAACUGCUCAACAACCAGAAACGUCAAGAAAGCUGAAGAGGUUUUCAACAAGAUGAAGGACUUGGGUUUCAAAAUGACUGCAUUCUCUUACGAUCAGCUUAUCUUGAUCUACAAAAGGAUAGACAAAAAGAAAAUUGCAGAUGUCCUAUUGAUGAUGGAGAAGGAUAAUGUGAAGCCCUCGAGUUUUACUUACAUGCUCCUGGUUGACGUCAAAGGUCGCUCUAGUGACAUAGAGGGAAUGGAACAAAUUAUAACGAGCAUGAAAUCUGAGGGCCUUGUGCCUGACAUCCCGUUUCAAGCCACAGUGGCCAAGUACUACAUCUUUGGAGGAUUCAUAGAUAAGGCGGAGGCUGUUUUGAAGGACUUAGAGGGAGAAGAUAUGGAGAGAAAUCGGGAUGCUUGCAAGGCCCUUCUCCCUCUAUAUGCUGCACUAGGCAAGGCUGAUGAGGUGAGUAGGAUAUGGAAGGUUGUUGAGCCAAGCCCCCGCUUCGACGAGUGCUUGGCAGCCAUUGAGGCUUGGGGCAAGUUGGGUGACACAGAAAAGGCAGAGGCAGUGUUCGAAAGGAUGCUCAAAACUUGGAAGAAUAUUUCAUCGAGGUAUUACAGUGCCCUCAUCAAGGUAUAUACGACCCACAAGCAGCUGAACAAGGGGAAGGACCUUGUGAAGCGAAUGGCUGAUAAUGGGAUCACAAUCGGGCCUGUCACUUGGGAUGCCCUAGUGCGGCUCUAUGUGGAGGCUGGCGAGGUGGAGAAGGCAGAUUCAAUCUUGGCCAAGGCAGCAGCUCAGCAAAAUAAUUCGACAAGUCAGUCUUCAAAGAAUAGAUUGAAGCCUUUGUAUUCUUCAUAUAUGGUCAUCAUGGAAAAGUAUUGCGAGAGAGGUGAUAUUCAUAAUGCUGAAAAGAUUUUCCAUAGGUUGAAACAGGCUGGAUAUGAAGGGAGGAUGUCUGAUUAUCAAACCCUCUUGCAAACCUAUGUGAAUGCAAAUACUCCAGCAUAUGGGUUUAGAGAGAGACUGAAGGCCGACAAUGUCUUCCCAAAUAGGUUUAUGGCCUCCAUGCUAACUAAGGCUGAUGCCUUUAAGAAGACAGCCAUCUCAGAUCUCUUGGACUAAUGAUAGGCUAAUAGCCAAGGGCAAUGAAAGGAGUAGAUGGAUGGGGAGUGUGCUUUGGGUCUGAGGUAUGUUGGUUUUCUAAGUUAUCAAAAGGACUUGUAGAUCAUGGUAAGCCAAGUUUUAUUGGACAUAAAUUGGACUUAUACCUCCUCAUACAAUGAAGCAGCAUGCUGAGAUAGGCUAGAAUAUAUCUAUUUAUUUAUUUUUGUUCAAGGUUAUGUGCUGGUUAUCAUUUUGAUGGAUACCCCAAGUUCAUUUUACAUACAUUAUGAUGCAUGAUCGUGAUACAUUCCUACUGUUGUUGGAUGUUUUCGUAUUUUGGUGAGGUUGUAUGACAUGUUCUUCUUUCUUAGGGAGAGCCAUUUAAGAAGGCGUGGGAUUAUUUUUC